AUGCCCAUACCCAAAGACGACAAGAGAAUCCGUCUCGUCACGACGGCUUUCGUCAUCUACUACCAUGCAAAUCUAGCAAAGGCCCGGCAAUUCUUCCUGGAUUUCGGCAUGACGAUCUCGCAGGAAACAUCAAACGAGAUAUCUUUUGCCGGUUACGGGUCCAAUCCAGUACUCUACAUCGCCCGCCAGGCCUCAGGAAAUGAGUCCCGUUUCGGCGGCGCGGCGUACGAAGUUGAGACACGCUCCGAGCUCGAGCGCGCCGCCUCCACAAUCCCCGGCGCCAGCGCUAUCACACCCCUUCACGCACCUGGCGGCGGUGAAAUGGUAACGCUGACAGACCCAGCGGGCCAUCCUGUGCACUUGGUGUACGGCCAGACUCCCAAGAGCCGCAGCGACCCGGGCCUGGAGAAGCUCACGUUCAACUACGAAGACGAAAAGCCGCGACGCGGCAAGUUCCAGCGCUUCACACCGGGACCAGCGCCUGUGCACCGCUGGGGCCACUACGGGGUAACAUACCCGGCGGGUCAGUAUUCGGCGAUGUACGAAUGGUACACAUCGAACCUCGCGCUCGCGCCUUCGGAUGUUGUGCUGCGGGUCGCACACGCAGCAUUCGAAGUGCAUGAUUUCGACAUCCAGCAGCUGGGGCAUCAGUUCCUACAAAGCCGUGGGUACGAGCUGUGUUGGGGCGUCGGCCGCCACGUGCUUGGCAGUCAGGUGUUUGACUACUGGUUCGACACUAGCGGAUUCAUGGUCGAGCACUUUGCUGAUGGUGAUAUUGUUAACAUACAUACGCCUGUUGCUGAGGUUCAGGCUGGACCCCAGGCGCUGUCGAUCUGGGGUCCGCCGGUGCCACCCGUGUUUUAA